UCUCAAAUUACUCUCGGGAUUAUUUUACAACGUGGAGUGAAGGAUCUCUUGAAAUCGGGGCUCCGAACACUCUCACGUCCUAAAGCUCUGGUCGCUCCUCUCCAGAGGACCACGACUCUGCUCGCACUCACCGCGCUCUUCUCACCUCGAACCCCGCAGAGCGCCUGUCGUUCUCCCCGCUGUCUCCCGAUGAAGGAAGCCGACGCGAUCAAGCUGUUCGUGGGGCAGAUUCCUCGGAAUCUAGAGGAGAAGGACCUCAAACCGAUCUUUGAACAGUUCGGGAAGAUCUACGAGCUGACGGUGAUAAAGGACAAAUACACCGGCAUGCACAAAGGAUGUGCAUUCCUGACAUACUGUGCGAGGGAGUCAGCGCUGAAGGCCCAGAGUGCUUUGCAUGAGCAGAAGACGCUACCGGGGAUGAACCGACCUAUCCAGGUAAAACCAGCUGACAGCGAGGGGAGAGGAGAAGACAGGAAGUUGUUUGUGGGCAUGCUGGGUAAACAGCAGAGUGAUGAAGACGUCAAGAGGCUGUUUGAGACCUUUGGUACUAUAGACGAGUGUACUGUACUACGGGGGCCAGACGGCACCAGUAAAGGUUGUGCGUUUGUGAAGUACCAGGGACAUGCUGAAGCUCAGGCUGCCAUUAGCACCCUGCAUGGGAGCCGCACACUGCCUGGUGCGUCGUCCAGUCUGGUGGUGAAGUUUGCCGACACAGAGAAGGAGAGAGGGCUGAGACGGAUGCAGCAGGUGGCAUCACAGCUGGGCAUCUUCAGCCCCACCAUGACACUUAACUUCCCUGCUUACAACGCUUACACACAGGCCGUCAGCGCACAGGCAAUUGUCCAGCAACAAGCUCUGGUUGCUCAGUCAGCGUACCUGUCUCCUGUAGCAACUGUUGCCAGUUUACAGAUGCAGCAGAUGGCAGCGCUCAACGCAAACGGAAUCAUCGCCACGCCCAUCACAUCUUCCUCUGAGUCUAGUAGCUGUCAAUCACAAUAUCUCCUCCACUGUGAUUGGUCCUCCCGGUUUGCAGGUACGAAUACCCCUCCAACCAUCUCAGCCACGCCCGUGCCAUCACUACCUCCACCUCUAGGAGUCAAUGGUUACAGUCCACCAACCAAUGGACAGCAAGCAUCAGAAGCACUAUACACCAAUGGCAUUCAUGCGUACCAAGCCCAGAGUCCAGCAUUAUCUCUAGAUCCUCUCCAGCAGGCGUAUGCAGGCAUGCAGCACUACACAGCGGCGUACCCUGCUGCCUAUGGAUUGGUCGGCCAGCAUUUUCCACAGCAACCUACCCUGGUUGCCCAGCAACACCAGCAGCCCCAGCAACAGCAGCAGCGAGAAGGGCCGGAGGGUUGUAAUAUCUUUAUCUACCACCUGCCUCAGGAGUUCAGUGACAGUGAGAUGCUCCAGAUGUUUCUGCCCUUUGGAAACGUCAUCUCAGCUAAAGUCUUUGUAGACCGCGCCACCAACCAGAGCAAGUGCUUCGGUUUUGUGAGUUUUGACAACCCAUCCAGUGCCCAGACUGCCAUCCAGGCUAUGAAUGGGUUCCAGAUCGGCAUGAAGAGACUCAAGGUGCAGCUGAAACGACCUAAAGACGCCAACCGCCCCUACUGAAGGAGAGAGGAGAGAGGUGAAGUUUUCAGACUCCGGCCGUGGUGGAAUCCCAGCGUGCAUUGCGCCCUCAGACCUACUACCUUUCUUUUGAGCGACGGGGAACAGCACACAUACACCACACACACACACACAAACACACACACACACACACACACAUACACCACACACACACACACACACACACACACACAUACACCACACACACACACACAUACACCACACACACACACAAACACACACACACACAUACACCACACACACACACAUACACCACACACACACACAAACACCACACACAUACACCACACACACACACACACACACACACACACACACAUACACCACACACACCACACACAUACACCACACACACACACCACACACAUACACCACACACACACACAAACACACACACACACACCACACACACACACACACACACACACACACACACACACACACACA